AUGACUUCGAAGAGUGGUGGGUUCGUCCACUGUGUCGGGUCACCCGAGUUCGAUCCGAAGGCCUAUGUCGAGGACAAGGAACGCCAGGAGAAAGCCAGCCAACUCCUGAGCCAAAACAACCUCUUCUCUGCGAUCAACGUCUCCUUCAACAUUGAUGGCAAACGCGAUACCUAUGUGUAUCAUGCCAUGACCUCUGUACGCCUUGUUCAAGUCCAGGGCAUCGUCAACAUGGGCGGCGAGAACGGGUUACACGCGUGGUAUCGCGACGAUGAGGGGAAGCCCCUCGAUCCUCCUCCUCAACAAGAUGUCGAAGCCUACGUCCAAGUCUUCCUCCCAACGACUCUCACCAUCUCCGCUCUGAAAUCCUUCCUGUCAAACGCCAAAAAGACGUCUCUUCGCUUCCAAAUCGCUUCUUACCUCACAGCAAAACGUUACAUUCACCCAUCCCUCACCACAGCCCUCACAAUCCCGAAAUGCAAAAAACCAACAUCCUGCCCUCCAAACCCUUACCUUGACUUCUGGGCAUGGUCCUGCCGUAACUUGGAGUGGGCUGGCCCGCACCCAUCCUCAGCAAAACGCAUGCAAUCGCAUCACGUCCUGCCCAUCUUCAUGCACCACUUCGGCUGCGCAACACCUUCUCACGAAGCUCUUUCUAUCUUGAAGACCCUCGCGGCGGGAAGAAGUAUCGCGGAUAUGGGAUCUGGAAACGGGUACUGGUCAUUCAUGCUCCGUCUUUACGGGUUGAACGUGUUCGCCGUGGACAACAUGCAAUCUGAGUGGCGCGUGAACUGGAUUCCCGAUACCGAGAUAGCCGACGGUGUCAAAUGGCUCAAGAAACGCGACUCUGGCAAGGACCUUGUCAUGCUGCUGGUAUAUCCUGUCGUUGGCGGCGGCGUGGCAGGCGGUUCCGAGGGAGGCUUCACGAGGGGCCUGGUAGAGGCGUAUGAGGGCGACACGAUUGCGGUGGUGGGUACGCAGAACGCUAAUGGCUACACGGGCUUCAAGGACAUGACGAUGGACCAGUAUAUGGAAAGGGAGCAGAAAGAGUGGACGAAGGUCGUACAAGUUGCGCUGCCGAGUUUUGCUGGAAAGGACGAAGCGUUGUUUGUUUUCCAAAGAGGGGACAGAGCGCCGAAGAAUGUGCCUACUGAGGGCGAUGCGAAGAAGGAAUUGCAGGCAUGA